AUGAUUAAAAGAAUAUUAACUGUUAGAGAAACGUACAGAUAUAAUUAUGAAUAUGAUGAAACAAUACCAAGAGAAUUUUUAACAGAUAUGAUAGAUGAAAGAAAAAAGAAGAAGAAAGAAAAUAAAACAAAAUGUAAUCCAAAUAAUAAAAGAAUAGUUAAAAGAGAUGAAAAAUGUGAUAAAGAAAUUAAUAUAAAACAUGGAGGAUAUGAAUGUAGAGAUAAAGGAGUACAAAAUGCAUUAUGGCAUGUUGUGAUUCAGGAUAUAAAAUUGGUUAUAUCAACAACAGAUUAA